AACAUUGACAGUAUCAGAAACAAACCCACCCGGGACAACCUCCUCCUAUCAUUACACUACCGCCAUGGUCGAACCAAAGUCCCGAACCGUGGGCAACACCGAGCGAAGCUGGUGCCAAGCCGUCCGCGGCGGCACCGGCAUCGCCGUCCUCGCCCUCCUAACCUCAAAACCCCCCGAUAUCCCCAAGCUCCAAACCUCCCUCCGCACCCUCCAAACCUCCCACCCAAUCCUCAGUUCCCGACUCCAAACCAACGCAACCACAUUCUCCUUCCUCACCUCCCCAACCCCCUCCAUCAAAAUCUUAACACUCACGCUCCCUACUAACCUCACCGACCCCCUGACCCAGAUCCUCGAACUCGAGCUCAACCGUAACUCGUGGCAAGAUUCUACCACCGAAGAAAACGUGUUCUUCACCACCAUCUACGCGGGCCCCACCACCAACACCUGGGUGGUGGCACUGAGGCUCCACGUCUCCGCCUGUGACCGCACCACCGCGCUGCUGCUGCUGAGGGAGUUACUCACUCUCACGGAAGAGAAUAAUAAUACCGCCAGUGAACAAAAUAAUCUUGCUAACCAAUGUCCUAAGGAAAAAGAAAUGAGUUUGGCAAUCGAAGAUCUCGUGCCACGUGGCAAGGGCAAGAAGUCCAUGUGGACGCGCGGGCUUGACAUGCUCGCGUACUCGCUCAACUCCUUCAGGCUCACCAACUUGAAGUUCGUCGACGCAAAAAACCCCAGGUUUUCGCAAGUGGUUAGGUUGCAACUCAACCAAAACGACACCAAAGAAGUUCUAGCAGGGUGCAAGUGGAGUGGGAUUAAACUGUGUGGGGCACUUGUUGCUGCGGGAUUAAUGGCUGCCCAUUGCUCAAAACGAAGCUCCAGGAAUUAUGGGGUUGUAACCCUAACUGAUUGCCGAUCCAGUCUUGAAUCAUCUCUCACUGACAAUUUUGGAUUUUACCACUCUGCCAUUCUGAAUUCCCACGAGAUGAAGGGAGGGGAAACCCUAUGGGACUUGGCAAAGAGAGCAUAUGAAGAAUUUGCAAACUCAAAGAAAUGCAACAAGCACUUCUCGGACAUGGCUGACCUUAAUUUUCUGAUGUGCAAGGCCAUAGAGAAUCCAGGCUUGACACCAUCGUCGUCGUUGAGAACGUCGAUCAUGUCGGUGUUCGAGGACACCGUAAUCGACAACGGUGGCAAGAAUCAAAGGGAGGUUGGUGUGGAGGACUACAUGGGAUGCGCCUCCGUGCAUGGGGUGGGAUCCUCUAUCGCCAUUUUUGACACCAUAAGGGAUGGAAGCUUGGAUUGUGUGUGCGUCUAUCCAACACCUUUGCAUUCGCGGGAGCAGAUGUUAGAACUUGUUGGGAAGAUGAAGGUCAUCCUCAUGGAAGGUGCAAAGACAUACAAGAAAUGAUUAAGUGAGCAACAUAUUAAUGAAGCUCGGAUAAAUUUCUCUAUAAACAUUUUAAAAAAAAUAAAUAGAUAAAGUGAAUUAAACUUCUUCGAUAGAUUAAAAUUAGCUCAUAUGAGAUUCAAUUAACUUUUUCAAAAAGUUAAUUGUGCAUAAGUUAAUUUUAAUCUAUGAAAAAAAUUUAAUUCAUUUUAUCUUUUUUUAUCAUUUAUAAAUACUCAGAGAAAUUUAUUUAAUUAGGAUUAUAAUCAUUACAGCCUUAUUAUUAUAUAAGAAGUGCUAAUCAUGAUUAAACUUUAUAUUCUCAUCAAAUUCAUACGAAUCGCGUUUUAUGUCAAAUCUUGCGAUUCGUAGUAUAUGUUUUAGAAAUAUGAUCGAUAUCCGUCCACAUGCCAGUUUCUUCGAUUGGUGUUAUAUUUUCUGACAGAAUAUUAUUGGAAAAGCAAUGUUGUUUUUAUA